CAAUCAAAACCCGGUGGCCUUCCCCUGUGAACAUUCCAGAGUUGUUUCCCUUUUUUCCGCUACUUGGAUCAACACUUCCGCUCUCCACAAACUUCGCCUUCCCGGCGUCGCCAUUCAUUAACAGAUCCGAUCUAAGUUCUCCCUUUCAGGGUCGACUUCUUCCAAUCGCGAACCAGAAUGGCAAUCUCUUCUCAAGCUCUUGAUAUUCAAGGAGAGCGUUAAUCUGUUCAAGACGUGCGCACUCAAAACAGUAUUUCCUCUCUACGUCUCUUCACGUCUUUAUGCGUAUUCUAUUAUCGCCGUUGAAGUUAUUUUGCUCGAUAAAUUGCGAAACUGAGUUGAUUCCAACCUUAUUGAGGUGUUUUCCUCGCUUUAGACUCAAUUUUCUCUCAUUUUGGAUGCGUAUAAUAAUGAUGGCGUGCCAAGCAGUUGCUAACAUCGUCAAAUCCUCACUAGGCGCCGUUGGACUCGACAAGAUGCUUGUUGAUGAUAUUGGUGAUGUAACAAUUACUAAUGAUGGUGCUACAAUUCUCAAGAUGUUAGAAGUGGAGCAUCCAGCUGCCAAGG